CCAUGGCAACCCGAACAGAUGGGAAACUUUAUUGAACACCAGCUACAAUUGUGCCGUACUAAUGAGGUAUGGCGGGAAAAAUAUCAUCACGUGUAGAUUCGCGGAGAAAAAACUGUUCGCCCGCUCAAAAGUCUCUACUCUUCGGCCACAGUAUUAUCACAGUAUAAAUUAUACUGUUUGGAUGAAACCAAUAAUAAACAGAUAUGGCAAAUCCAGAUAAUCGAAUUGUCGUUUUAGUGGACAUGGAUUGCUUUUUUUGCCAAGUCGAAGUGAAGUUACAACCAGAACUACAGGGAAAACCAUUAGCUGUUGUACAGUUCAAUCAGUGGCAAUCUGGAGGGAUUAUCGCUGUUAACUAUGAGGCACGAGAUUGUGGAGUUAGCCGACACAUGCGGCCUGAAGAGGCUAAAAAGAAGUGUCCAGAACUGGUCUUGGCAACUGUUCCCGGGGUUCGCGGCAAAGCUGAUACAUCAAGGUACAGAAUUGCCGGACGUGAAGUGGUUAAUGUACUAAAAAAGCACAGUAACAUCAUAGAACGUGCAAGUGUCGAUGAGGCAUACUUAGAUAUAACAGAACUUGUUAAUCAACAAAUGAUUUCCAGUCAAUCAUUGUCAUCAGAAAUGAUAGAUCAUCUUCCAAACACGUAUGUCAUUGGAUAUUCAACAGUGGGAAACACUGACGAAGCCCAAAGACGUAAAGCUGUGGAAAAAUGGAUAUCCGAAGCUUAUGGAGAAUUGGGAGACAUCCAAUCUAGGAGGCUUGCUAUAGCUGGUACCAUAGUUGAGUCUAUAAGAGCUGAUGUGUAUAAAACAACGGGAUACAGAUGUUCUGCCGGGGUUUCGUAUAACAAGAUCUUGGCAAAGCUUGCUUGUGGCCUUCAUAAACCCAACAGACAGACCAUUUUACCUCUAAGUGGGGUUCCAUCCCUUUAUCAAACAUUGCCUGUGAAGAAGGUGCGAAAUCUUGGUGGUAAAUUUGGAGAUUUGGUCAUUGAGUCCUUGGGAUGUAAUGUUAUGGCAGAUUUGUUAUCGUAUUCAUUAAAGGAUCUCCAAGUACGUUUCGAUGAUAAAACAGGUUUGUGGUUGUAUAACAUUGCUCGUGGUGUAGAUAAUGAGCCAGUUACCAACAGGCUCAUAUCCAAAUCGAUAGGGAGUUGUAAAAAUUUUCCUGGAAAGCGGGCUAUUGUAACAAAAGAAACUCUUGAACAUUGGGUUAUGCAGUUGUCUUUAGAAAUGAGCGAACGACUAGAUCAAGAUAUGGAGGAGAACAAUCGCAAAGCAACCUUGCUGACAGUGAGUUACCACUACUAUAAGGACAAUAAAAUUAUAAAUCAAUCCCGAUCUUGCCGAUUAACUUCAAACAAAGCUGAAAUUAUCAUGAAAAACUGUUUGGAUAUCAUAAUUAAAUUUACCAAAUAUCCAAUCGUGUUUAUGGGAAUGUCUGCAAGUAAGUUCAUUGAAAUUGACAAAGAGCAAGCAAAUUUCAGGAAUUUCUUCAAAGCAAAUAUAGAUGUAAGCAAUAAAUUGGUACCCAAUUGUACACUCUUGGCAGAGGAUACAGGUGACACUUCUUCAUUGGAUACUGAAUGCCCAAGUAAUGAAACUUCAUGUAAUAAUAAAAUGAGUUCUGGUGAAUCUGAUAUCGAUGAAGCGCGGAGCAGACCUGUGGGCUCGGAGUGUUCUAAAUUUUUUGCUGCAGCUCAACAGGACGAUAAAAGUAUCGCAUCUAGUAGUCACGGCAUGAAAACUGAAAAUAAGGAGGAUACUUCUAAAAUCAUAUCUCCAGUAUCAUUGCUCAGAGCUGAGAAUAAAAAAUUAAAACCAGACAACUUUAAGAAAUCAUUUUUCAUGAAUAUUCUAACUUCUAAUAGAAUUUCGUCAGAGCACGAAGCACCGGGUGGAUCUGGUUUUGAUGUUACAAGUUGCAGUGGGGAGCUAUCUGCUGAAAAUGCAAAGCCUGAAAAAAAUCCAAAUGAAACCUCUGGUGAUGUUCUACCACAAGAACUUCAAGUUUCGGAAAACUUUAAAAAUCAAAAGGAUGUGAAGAAAAAGGAUUCUAGUUCAAUUAAUACCAUAGAACCAAAGGAACUUUUUCGCCCUACCAAUUGUACAAGUCAAACAGAAGAAUCCGAAUUUUUACUGAGUAAUAGAACUGAUGUUGAUGACUGUGACGACAACAACUCUAUAAAACUGCAAGAUAUAUUUCCAGAUUUAAAUAACCUUGAUGAGAGCGUUGUAGCAGUUCUACCUCAGAGGCUACAACGAGAAGCUAAGGCAAUUUUGCAAAGUCGAAGUAAAGGCAAUCUAGAAAGUAAACUGAAUACAGUGAAAGUAAAGGAGCAGAAAAGUAAAGAGCAGAAGCGAUCACGCGGAAAAGUGACAGGUCAAACACGUCUGAAUAAAAUAGAUUCAUUUUUUAGCAAUCAAAUUAAACCGUUAGGAAGUUCUAACGAUGCAACCUUGACAGAAAAAUGUUCCGAGUGCGAUAAAUUAAUCCCAGUUAGUGAAAUCCUGGAACAUGCAGAUUUUCACAUAGCACGAGAAUUAUCCAAAGAGAUUAAUAAAUCUUUGAUCAGCUCCAAGGUUAUGACUCCAGAAAAAGCGACCACAAAUGGUAAGCCAUCAAAGAGAAAACGUAAUAAGCCUGAAAGUCGAGAACCAGAAAAACGAUCUAAGGGCAUAGCAGCAUUUUUUUCCUGAUCAUAGCCUUGGUAGACCCAAUGUAAUUAUAGUACAAAAUUUUUUGAUACUGCAUCAGAUUUGGAUGGCACUUGUAUAUAUUAUGUUGAUUUAUUGAUUAUACUGCGCAACAAAUAAUUUUUUGGUACACCAUUGAACUAUAAUAAAUAAUCUUUAUGUCACUAUUA